GACAACAUUGCGAUGGCUGCAUCCUCCCUGGCUUGGGUGUCCCAGCAGGCCCUUUGUCAGGAUUCUCCUGCUCUGCCUCAUGAGUGGAGUAUUGUUCAGCUUGCUUGGUUGCCGAAACCUAACAAGACUCCAACUUGUCCAGAGCAUCUACGUUCUAUUGGACUGCUCUCUGCAGAUAGCAAGGGCUUUCUUCUCAUCCUGAGACGGGAGAUCACCCCUUUCAUCCGGGAAGCGCUCACUGACGUGCCACAGUAUGCCUAUCGGCCCCAGGCUGGCACGCUGGAUGCCCUGCUGCGCUCCAGUCUGCAUUGCACCGAGGUUCGCGACUUGAUGAGUCAGCAUCAGAUUGAUCACACCAGCAAGCUGGUGUUCCGCUUCACCUGGCAAACGUCGUUAUGCAGGCUUUGCCGUCGCUUGGAUGCAGUGCUCGGCGAUGGCUGGUCCCGUCGACAUCUCAGCAUCUUCGCAGACGACACUCAUGGAAGCUGGAUCAUUCGGAAUGAGCGAGAACUUUGUGAUUCCGUACAGCAUCUUCGAGUGCUUAUUGACACUCUAGAAUCGAUGGGUCUGCAAAUCAACUACACCAAGUCCCAGAUUGUCAUCCAGCUUCGAGGUCAGCUUGUUGCCAAGAUGCAGAAGAAAUUCUUCAAGCAGAGGCAUGGUGUGCAGUGUCUACGCAUUCAGGCUGAUCAAGACAUUUAUCUGCCAUGCGUGGAUAGACUGGACUACUUGGGAAUCGUUCUCUCGUACUCUGGCUUUGAGUCCCAAACCGUGCAGCUUCGUGCCCAAAAAGCAGAUAAUGCCUUCAGGCAACUUCGCAAACCCCUGCGGUCGCGCAGCGCGCUCUCUACAGGCCACAGAGUGCGACCCUAUCGGGCCAUUGUCCUUAGCUCCCUUGUUUAUGGUCUGGUUGGUGUGGGGGUGACGGUUGAGGUUGUUCGAAAGGUUUCCUCGACAGUGGCUGGACACAUGCGUAAGAUUCUCCGCAUCUACGAGCAUGGCAUCUCAAAUGCUGAAGUACUUCGACGCGCGUGCAUUGAUCCCAUUGCCAUUCUCCUCACAGGUGUACAACGUCUUGGUCGAUCCAUCGCGCUGGAUUGCUUCCGGAGUCAGGGCCUCAAGCAGACGGAGAUGCAUCGAGUACGUGACAUCUUGGAGCAGCUUUCUGCGCAUGCAGCACAGCCGGAGGGAACGCACAUCCUGUAUGUACGCAAGGCCGAGGUUGGUGAAAUUGCAUGUCCCGAAUGUGGCACAUACUUUGGUACACGUGAAGGUCUGUCGCAACACAUCAAGAAGAAACAUCCGGACAUUGCGCACCGAUCCAAGCUUGUCUUUGACAGGGAGAGCCACACCCUGUUUGGCAUUCCCAUGUGUCGCUUUUGUCACUUACGUCUACACGACUGGUCGUCCAUCACCAAACAUAUUCAGGAUGGCCAUUGCAGAUGGGUGAAGGAGAAGAUUGCGGAGGGACAUGCCUCAACUGAGCUAUUACAACUUAUCAAG